GGGGGAUCCCGGAGACAGCCGCGCCGCAUACCUGCCUGCCGGCACGCUCCCGGUGCAGCGGCGCAGUCGGUCUCCUGGCGUGGCUCGAGAAGUGUCGUGAACUUGUGUGCGGUAGCACCCCCCAGGACGCUGUUGUGCGUUUGUGCACCUGGGCUAACCAUCUGAUCAACUCGCUUUGAUCAUGGCUACAGCGAUGGAGACACAAGGUCCACACAUCUCCGACCUGCCGGUCGACGCCCUCCUGGAGGUGUUCUCCCGGCUGCCCGCCGCCGACCUGACUCAGGGGGUCACCGGCGUGUGCCGCGCCUGGCGGGACUUCGCCAUGGAGCCGGCUGCGUGGCGGAGCCGGCGCGUGCAGGUGGCCCCCCGCAAGCACCGUCCCCUGACGGCCGCCGAGCGCCGCGUCCUGCGGCGAGCUCCCGCCCUGAGGGCUCUGGCCGUGUCACUGCGCCGCGCCCAGGACCUGCCCGACAAGCUGUCCACCAUGCUGCCCAUCUGCGAGCAGCUGCGCGAGCUGCAGCUGUCUCUGCCUUGCCUCAGUGCCGACAUGGCUGAGGACGCGGUGCGCCACUGGCCGCGCCUGCAGCAGCUGCGCGUCGAGGCGCUCAUCCUGCAGGAGAACAGCCUGGAGCGACUCGGCGAGCUGGGGCAGCUGCGAGGCCUGCAGCUGGCGACGCUCCAGCCGGCAGGCACCUUCUGGGGCCCGCUGCGCCGCGCGAUCCAGCAGGGCUUUCCCUCGCUGCGCUCGCUGCACCUGGACGCGCGCUGUGACACCGACAGCACCGCCAACAUGGACGAGACCGUGGGCGUGAUCCUGGGGACGGCCGACAGGCUGGCGCACCUCCGCCUCGGCGUGCUUGUGCCCGCUGACAAGAGGCUACUCGCCGCAGCCGGGCAGUGCGACAGGCUGCAGAGUCUGCACGUCGAGGACUGCACCGCGAUGACUGACGCCGGUCUGCUCUGCCUGGCCGGCCUGCGCCUGCAGUCCCUCACACUGCUCCACGCCAGAGACGUCUCCACCGCGGCCCUGCAGCACUUCCUGCGCGUGGCCGACCUGUCGCUGCUCCGGCACCUCGACCUGAGCGGCUGUCCCGCUCUCACCGACAGGGUGGUCCACCUCAUUGCCGCCAGGUGUUCUCACCCACCAACACUCGUAGCUGCAGACUGCCCCAACAUUUCACGCCAAGCCCUGCCGCCCGUUGUUGGUAACAGUUCCGCCCCCUGCACUGUAGCUGCCACAGCCCGUGUUAUGCUCGCCACUCCUGCGAGACCAUUAGGAGUAGUGUAAGUGAUGACAGGCGUAAGCUUUCAACUUCCAAACGCUGCCGAGUCUUAACGUUCACCCCGAGUGAAAAUGUGUUGUGUUGUGACAAAACCGAUUUUCAUGUUACACGAUUUUUUUGUAUCAUCCGAAACCCUUGUUUGUUACAUUAUGAAUGUAUUUUGGGCAAGGUCAUUUACUUUGAAUAAAUCAAUCAAAUGUCCAAUAAA